CCCCCCUUUUGCUGAACACAUUACUUUCUUUCCUUUUUUAAACUUUUUAUUUAAGAUAUUUAUCAUUUAUUUGAACACACAUGACUGCUGUUGUGAUCGUUUCAGUGUGCUUUUCUUAGACACAGACAUGUUGUGUGUUGAUUACAACAUUAUUCUGUAUUUAAAAUGGGAUUGAAGUCAUUCUAGAUACGAUUGACAUUUUUUUUUCUUUGCUUCUGCCACUAGGUGGUGGAGGAAUUAUGUUUUCGGGGUGUCCGUGCAUCCAUCCAUCCGUCCGUCCAUCCAUCCAUCCACGCGUCUGUCCGCUAUAUACAGCGCAGUAUAUCACAAGAACGAGACAGUGAAUGUUUGUAGGAUUUAUAUCAAGAGCUAUCAAGGUCAAACGUCUGAAAUAGUUAUUCUUCAAUAACUUCCUUCCUGUUUGAAGUCUAAUUUAAUGGUAUUUCAACCAAGCAUAUUAGUAAGAAGAAGGAAUACCCUUGUAGGCAGUGGAGGCAUCACCAUCCAUCAUCCCCAGUCCUUCUUGUUUGGGUGUAGCUCUAACUCUUAACAUCAUUACACUCCCACAUUUCUCUAUAGAGCGUACUGUACGAGUGACCCGUUAUCUCCGUCCUAAAUAUGCUCCUGCAAAAAUGAUUUAAAAAAAAAAAAAAAAAAGCAUAUCUUUUAAUAACCAGCCGAGAUUGAUUGAACCGUCAUGACGUACGUCUGAAUUUGGUACUAUUUCUGACUACACACACACACACACACACACACAAAAAAAAAGACGCUAGUAUCCACCAAGACCACUCAUCUGUGAUUGAUUCACUGAUAAAUGACCUACUUGUGUAUAAGCAGACUGAUUCCAUGGCAAUCACGUCAUCUGUUCUGGUCCUACGCUGAAUCUCAAACGCUGGUGUCUUGUGACAAAAGAGUUUUACUAGAAUUCAUUCUGACGAGUAACGGUUUCGGGUCAUUUGGGAGCGUGUAUAAAGUGCUACUGAGAUUUAUAAACACCUCUUACGGUGCUCUUCCACUGCACGGUACAGCUCGACUCGCUUUUUGGAGGCGUUCCACUGUGGAUAGUACCCGGUACUGUUUUAGUACCGCUUGGGUCGAGGUUCCGAGUGAGCCGAGCCGGUACCAAACGUGAUUCUCCUUAACGAGUGGUUCUGUAUUGUUCCUGAAUAAACGUGUCAUUUAAUACAUCCUUUUCGGGUUUCCUCAAAGCAUGAGGUUUCCUUCGCCAGUCCAAAGACGUGCGUUGUAGGUUGAUUGGCGUUUCCAAAUUGUUAAAGUGUGUGUGUGUGUGUGAGAUCGUGCCCUGCGAUGGAUUGGCGCCCCGUCCAGGGUAUCCCCUGCCUUAUGUACCCGAGCUCCCUGGGAUAAGCUCCAGGAUCCCCCGUGACCCUGUGUAGGAUAUGCGGUACGGAACAUGGAUGGACAGAUAGACGAUGCACGAGGGUGUCUCAGAAAAGUGCGUUGCAGAUGAUCACGAUAACGAUAUUAUAUCGUCAGAUCACCCAGCCCUCAUCUUAUCGUAACUAACACGGACAUGCGGCAGAUUCCCCCCACAAGCACCUGGUGUUUAUUUUGGACAAGUGCUGUGUGUGUAUUAAAAAUACACUGCAUGUUUUUCCAGGACACCAAACAUCCGGUCAGAGGUUGGUCCGAUGGACAGAGUAGAGAGAGUGAGAGAGAGACACAGAGACACGGCUGGCCAAUUGUGCACAGCAACAGAUGAGCUACAGUAAUGUACAGUAAUGAUAGAUGAAGGGAUGGAGGGGUGAUAUUUAGUAAUGACCCCGUUUUGUUUUCAAUGCAUACAUGCAUUCUGAGCAGGACAAACCAAUAACUAAACAAUAGGAUAGAUUUAUAAGACGUAAUAAGAUGCAAUCCGGUAUGUUUAGGGUUAAUUUGUGAACGUUAAUGCCAUAACGGUGAUGCUAGCCCCCUCUGCUGGCCCACGCGCUCUCAGAGAGAGAGAGAGAGAGAGAGAGAGAGAGAGAGACUGAGAGACUGUAUUUUUAACGACAUCUCUAAUAUUCACGCUGAUGCAUUUUGAUGCGUCGCCUUUUUCGCGUUGCUCCGUUUUCCGCGCGCGCCGCAGCUCGCCCCAAAGGACAGGAACGACGGAAAAGGAGAAGGAAGAAAAAAAAAGAGGGACGUGCAUAAGAAAAAAAAACCCGUUUCUUUGUGUGUUUAUUUUUUUUGUUGUUGUUGUUCUUAUCCGAGAUGUGAAAAAAAGGAGGAAGAAGUGGCGGAGUGUAAAAGUGUAGGCCGUGUGUGAGGGCGAAGAAGAAGAAAAAAAUAGAGAGAGAGAGAGAUAACUGAUAGAGAAAAAGGGAGCAGCGCGAGACGGAGCGGAGCCGCACGCGACAGAAUGAAAGAGUGGCGGAUGAGUGCCGCGGCGUUAGUAGUGUCGUUGUUAUUCCUCUCUUUUAAUUCCUUCGCUUCCUCGUUUUUCGGCGGUUGUAAAGAAGUGUGACUGCACGAACGAAGGCCGGCUAGGAGAGGAGGAGGAGGAGGAGGAGGAGGUGGUGAAGGGAGAGAGAGAGAGGGGGAGGGAGCGAGCGCGUGUAGCGGAGAGACAAAAAACCCGGCGGAAGGACACGAGUUUUUUUUGUGUGUGUGUGUGCGCGCGCGCGUGUGUGAGGCGCCUGGAAGACAGAGGAAGGAAAAAAGGGAGGAAAGACAACAAGAUGUCGGCGGUGAAAAGACCGAGAGGACGGCCUCCGAAAAACACUAAUGGUUCAAGCAACCAGGCCCGGCUGCUCAGCCCACCGAUGAAGAGCAGCUCCUCUUCUUCCUCCUCCUCCUCUUCCUCGUCUUCCUCGUCUUCGUCCUCGCACUCGUCCUCCUCAGAGAAGCGUGUCCCCAAGCGGCAGCAGCAGAUGGAGGUGUUGUCGCUGGAAGACAAGCAGCAGAAGGCCAACCGCAUCAUCUCUGAGGCCAUCGCCAGGGCACGCGAGCGGGGCGAGAAGAACAUCCCGCGCGUCAUGAGCCCCGAGAGUUUCCCCAGCUCCUCCCAGCUACACAAGCACAGAGCGGGAUCCUCGAAAUCCAGAGCGAAGAAGGGCUGCAAAAGCGCUCGCAUCAUCAAGUCUCCCAGAGAAAAGCAGAAGAGUCUGAUCAAGAAAAUAGUGAUAAAGAUCGGGAAGAAGAAGAAACGCAAGACGGAAUCUUCAGACGAGCUCUCGGAUGAUGAACCGCCGCCUCGACGACCCUCCAAAGACGACUCGAAGCGUCGGUCGAACCGACAGAUAAAGAGGAAGAGGUACGCCGAGGAGCAGGAGGCCCGGCUGUCUGAUGAGGAAAUGAAGGUCAUCGCCAAAGCCAAGAAGAUCAAUGCGAACACUCCGAAAGAGCCUGCGGUACAGCUGUUUGUGGAGAAUCCCAGUGAGGAGGAAGGAGCGGUGGUGGAUAAAAUCAUGGCCUCUCGCGUAGUGAAGAAGGAGGUGUCUCCAGGGGUUGUGGUAGAAGUGGAGGAGUUUUUUGUCAAGUACAAAAACUACUCUUAUCUGCAUUGUGAGUGGGCUACAGAGCAGCAGUUGGAGAAGGACAAGAGGAUCCAGCAGAAAAUCAAACGCUUCAAGAUGAAACAGGCCCAGAGAGCGCAUUUCUUCGCCGAUAUGGAGGAGGAUCCAUUUAAUCCUGAUUAUGUAGAAGUGGACAGAGUCCUUGAGGUCUCGUACUGCGAGGACAAGGACACUGGAGAGCCUGUGGUGUAUUACUUGGUGAAGUGGUGUUCUUUGCCGUACGAAGACAGCACGUGGGAGCUAAAGGAAGAUGUGGAUCAGAGUAAGAUCGUGGAGUUUGAGCAGCUGCAGGCAGUGAGACCAGACUCCAGAAGAAUGGAGCGCCCCCCAGCGAGUCACUGGAAGAAGCUGGAGCAGUCGAGGGAGUACCGGAACGGGAACAGUCUCAGGGAAUACCAGCUGGAGGGCGUUAACUGGCUGCUCUUCAACUGGUACAACAGGCGUAACUGUAUCUUGGCUGAUGAGAUGGGUUUGGGGAAAACCAUCCAGUCGAUCACGUUCCUGGACGAGAUCCUCUCCACUGGGAUCAAAGGGCCGUUCCUGAUCAUCGCCCCGCUCUCCACUAUCGCUAACUGGGAGCGCGAGUUCCGCACGUGGACUCACCUGAACGUCAUCGUCUAUCACGGCAGCGCGCUCAGCCGCCAGAUGCUGCAGCAAUACGAAAUGUACUUCCGAGACGCUCAGGGUCGUGUGCUGAGAGGCGUGUACCGGUUUCAGGCGGUUAUCACCACGUUCGAGAUGAUUUUAGGAGGCUGUCCGGAGCUCAACGCUAUCGACUGGCGCUGUGUGAUCAUCGACGAAGCUCAUCGCCUGAAAAACAAGAACUGCAAGUUGCUGGAGGGCUUCAAACUCAUGCGUCUGGAGCAUAAAGUGUUGUUGACUGGCACACCGCUGCAGAACACCGUAGAGGAGCUGUUCAGUCUGCUGCAUUUCUUAGAGCCCUCACGGUUCCCCUCUGAAAGCACCUUCAUGCAGGAGUUUGGAGACCUGAAGACUGAGGAACAGGUCCAGAAGCUGCAGGGCAUACUGAAGCCGAUGAUGCUUCGCCGCCUGAAGGAGGACGUCGAGAAGAAGCUGGCUCCAAAAGAGGAGACCAUUAUCGAGGUGGAGCUCACCAACAUCCAGAAAAAAUACUACCGUGCCAUUUUAGAGAAGAAUUUCUCCUUCCUGGCCAAAGGAGCCGGCCAAGCCAACGUCCCCAAUCUGGUCAACACCAUGAUGGAGCUGAGGAAAUGCUGCAACCACCCCUACCUCAUCAAAGGCGCGGAGGAGAAGAUCCUGGAGGACUUUCGCGAGGUGUGCAGCCCCUCGGCCCUGGACUUUCACCUGCAGGCCAUGGUGCAGUCCGCCGGCAAACUCGUCCUCAUCGACAAGCUGCUUCCUAAAAUGAAGGCCGGCGGCCACAAAGUGCUCAUCUUCUCUCAGAUGGUGCGCUGCCUCGACAUCCUCGAAGACUACCUCAUCCAGAGACGAUACCUCUACGAGCGGAUCGACGGGCGCGUACGCGGAAACCUUCGCCAGGCUGCGAUAGACCGUUUCAGUAAGCCCGACUCGGACCGCUUCGUCUUCCUGUUGUGCACGAGAGCAGGAGGCCUGGGCAUUAACCUCACUGCUGCCGAUACCUGCAUCAUCUUUGACUCGGACUGGAACCCUCAGAAUGACCUGCAGGCCCAGGCUCGGUGCCACAGAAUCGGGCAGAACAAGGCGGUGAAGGUGUACCGGCUCAUUACACGCAACUCGUACGAGCGGGAGAUGUUUGACCGGGCCAGUCUGAAGCUUGGAUUAGACAAAGCUGUGCUGCAGAGUAUGAGUGGGCGGGACAACAGUCUCGGAGGAGGAGGGACGAUGCAGCAGCAGCUCUCUAAGAAAGAGAUCGAGGACCUGUUGAGGCGCGGCGCGUACGGCGCACUCAUGGACGAGGAAGAUGAGGGUGCCAAGUUCUGUGAGGAAGAUAUCGACCAGAUCCUGCAACGCAGAACCAAAACUAUCACCAUCGAGUCAGAGGGACGGGGGUCUACUUUUGCCAAGGCCAGUUUUGUAGCCUCUGGGAAUCGCACGGACAUUUCUCUGGACGAUCCCAACUUCUGGGAUAAAUGGGCGAAGAAGGCCGAGAUCGAUCUGGACACGGUCAACGGCAGAAACAGCCUGGUGAUCGACACGCCGAGGGUAAGGAAACAGACGCGGCCGUUCAGUGCCACUAAAGACGAACUGGCUGAACUGUCAGAGGGUGAGAGCAGCGGAGACGACAAGCCCAAACUGCGGCGGCUGCACGACCGCCUCAACAGCUACGGCCGCACAGAGUGCUUCAGGGUGGAGAAGAACCUCUUAGUGUACGGGUGGGGCCGCUGGAGAGACAUCCUGCAGCACGGCCGCUUUAAGAAGCAGCUGAGCGAGAGAGACGUGGAGUGGAUCUGCAGAGCACUGCUCGCUUACUGCCUAGUGCACUACAGAGGAGACGACAAGAUCAAGAGCUUCAUGUGGGACCUGAUCGCUCCGACCGAGGACGGCAGGACCAAAGAACUCCAGAACCACUUGGGACUCUCCACGCCGGUUCCUCGGGGCAGGAAAGGGAAGAAGAUGAAGACUCAGUCCAGCGGGUUUGACAUUCAGAAAGCUGAGUGGAUCAGGAAGCACAACCCGGAGCACAUGCUGUCUGAUGACGGAUACAAGAAGCAUCUAAAGCAUCACUGUAACAAGGUAUUGUUGAGGGUGAGAAUGCUGUAUUACCUGAAACAGGAGCUCAUUGGUUCUCAGUGUCAGAAAGUGCUGGAUGGAGUUGAAGCAAGUGAGAUCGAGAUCUGGGUUCCUGAGCCGGAUCAUUCGGAGCUGCCUGUUAUGUGGUGGGACAUGCUGGCAGACAAGUGUCUGCUGUUAGGAGUCUACAAGCAUGGUUAUGAGAAGUACAACACUAUUCGUGCAGAUCCUGCUCUGUGCUUCCUAGAGCGGGUCGGCCGGCCGGACGACAAGGCCAUCGCUGCUGAACAGAGAGCAAAUGACUUUAUGGAUGGGGAUGGUGACGAUCCGGAAUACAAGCCUGCACCCACUUUGCUUAAAGAUGAUAUGGAGGAUGAUGCGUCCUCUCCUGGUGAUCUGGUCAUAACGGAUACAGGAGGAGAAGGCAUGCUGGACGUGGGAGGCAGUUCUCUGGGAGUCGUCACGGAAGCAUACUGGCCGUCUUCAUCCGCCUUAACGGCUCGGCUGAGGCGCCUGAUCACCGCAUCCCAGCGCUUCACCAAGAGCAGGCAGAUCCUGCAGAUCCACCAGACACAGCAGACUUCUACCCCUGACCUUUGCCCUCUGCCUCCCAUGCUUACGGAUGCGAUCAACCCCAAAAUGGCUGCCAAGAUCGAACGGCAACAAAGGUGGACCCGGAGAGAGGAGGCAGAUUUCUACCGCGUGGUGUCUACGUUCGGCGUGGUGUUUGAUCCGGAACUGGGCCGCUUCGACUGGACCAAAUUCAGAGCCAUGGCUCGGCUGCACAAGAAGACCGACGAGAGUCUCCACAAAUACCUCUGUGCUUUCACUGCCAUGUGCAGGCGGGUCUGCCGCCUACCACCGAGGGAGGGAGACGUCGUGGAUCCGUCUCUGUCCAUCCAGCCGAUCACAGAAGAGCGUGCCUCACGUACGCUGUACCGAGUGGAGCUGCUCCGGCAGAUUCGGGAACAGGUUCUGCGCCACCCUCAGCUCUUUGAGCGCUUGGCGCUAUGCCAACCUGGCUCAGAUCUGCCCGUGUGGUGGGAGCCGGGCGCUCAUGACCGCGACUUGCUAAUCGGUGCGGCUAAGCACGGAGUGAGCCGGACAGACUACCACAUCCUCCGAGACCCUGAGCUGAGUUUCAUGACAGCCCAGAGGAACUACAGCCAAAACAAGGGCGCACCGGCACAAAGCCAAGCCCAAAAUCAGUCACUGCUGCUUGGACAGACACGCACCCCGACCCCUUUAGCACAGAGCCAGAAUCCUGGAGCUCCGCCUUCACCACUAACUAACUCCAUCCCUAGGGAGGUUACACCCAAGGAGGAGCUGCUUUUAGUGGGAGAGGAGGAGGUGGGGACACAGACCUGGCCUUCCCUCAGGCCUCCCACGCCUACAGGAGUGGGGUUGAAAGAAGAGAAAGAAGGAGAAAAUGAGAGACGGAUGGAGGCCGCACGAACCAAGCCGCUCGCGCCCAACCCCGAGAGCCGAAAGCAGAAAAAACUGAGCAAGAGAAGUCGCAAGGAGGCCAGGAGGAGGUCCGGGUCCGACACGGAUUCAGAUGCAUCUUCCUCGAGCUCCUCGUCCAGCUCUUCAUCGAGAUCCUCGUCUUCGUCGUCGUCUUCUUCGCGGUCAGGGUCCAGUUCCUCGUCCUCGUCGUCUUCCUGCUCUUCCGGCUCGUCGUCUUCGUCGUCAUCGUCCUCGUCUUCUGAAGAGAGCGAUGGCGAAGAGGUUCCAAAGAACACUGCAGUGGUGCCUGGCGUUAAAGGCUUUGACGAGGACAGCAUAGCAUCUCAUAGCACUACUCACGACGACACGCAGGACAGUCACGUGACCAACGGCACCACUAACCUCUCCCACCCCUUCCACGGCGGAGGCUACAUGCUCGCUGCUUCUUAUUGGCCGAAGGACCGUGUUAUGAUAAACCGACUGGACAGUAUUUGUCAGGCGGUGUUGAAGGGUAAGUGGCCCGUGUCUCGGCGAGCGUACGAGGGAAGUGCUACGGUGUCCUCGUUUUACACCACUAAGCUCAUGGACAACGCCGCCAGCUUGGCAGACGACCCCGCAGCCUCUCCUCAGGGUUCAAAGGUGAAGAAGCAUGAUGCAGACAGAGAAAAGGAGUUCUCAGUCAAAAUAAAUGACCAGGAAGGCAGUCUGAAACUGACCUUCCAGAAGCAGGGUUUGCCGUUAAAGCGCCCUCUAGACGGCGAGGAGGGACCUCUGGCCCAGCAGCAGUACCUGGCUAGACUACAGGAACUGCAGAGUGCCUCUGAUAGCAGCCUGACUGACUAUACCAAAACACAGAACAGCUAUCCACCCGGCCUGAGUGGACAGAUGCGACUGAACGGACUGGUCGAUGGUCAGCCGGUGAUAAAGAAGAGGAGAGGAAGAAGGAAGAAUGUAGAAGGGAUGGAUCAUCUCUUUCUGAACAAGAACAGACCUACUGCGUUGCCUGAUCAGGUUCCUCCAGGUUGGAGCGGGGUCACGACCCCAGCCUCGACCCCUGGCGCCUCACAGGUCGUUGCCGGGCCCGUGGACACCGAGAGCAGAGUCCCCGUGAUAAACCUCAAAGACGGGACACGGCUCGCCGGGGAUGACGCCCCUAGACGGAAGGAUCUAGAUCAGUGGCUGAAGGAGCACCCGGGCUUCGUAGCAGACGUCGGAGCCUUCAUCCCGGGGGUGAAUAAGAUACAGUUUCAGGACGGACGGCCGAAGCAGAAGAGACAUCGCUGUAGAAAUCCCAACAAGAUUGACGUCAACAGCCUGACGGGAGAGGAACGAGUCCAAAUCAUCAACAGGAGAAACGCUCGCAAGAUCGGCGGUGCGUUUGCUCCUCCUCUGAAGGAUUUGUGCCGGUUCCUCCAAGAGAAUCCAGAGUAUGGAAUUCCUCCAGAGUGGGCAGACGUCGUCAAACAGUCGGGCUAUCUCCCGGAGAGCAUGUUUGACCGCAUCCUCACAGGUCCUAUCGUACCGGAGGAGGUGAGCAGACGAGGGCGUCGGCCCAAAAAUGCUCUGGCCAAAGCGGCUAAUAUGGCUAACGCUAACGCCAGCGCGGCUCUGGGUGUCAACCCUCUCCUGAGCAAUGGGCUGGUCUCCGGUCUGGACCUGAACAGCCUGCAGGCCCUGCAGAGCCUUCAGAACUUCCAGCUCACCGCAGGACUCAUGGGCCUCCAGACUGACCCUGCCAACAUGGCCGCCAUGCUUCCCAUGAUGCUCUCCGGCAUGGCCGGCCUGCCCAACCUACUCGGAAUGAGCGGCCUGCUGGGAAAACAGGAAGCCGCCUCUGUCGAGGAUUCAGGGAAGAAAAGCGGCGGGGAAACGACGGCACAGACGUCAGAGAUCCAGUCGGAGAGGACAGAAAGUCCAAGCUCAACAAGUGCUUCAGCCUCAGGCCAAGCGUUAGCCCUCAACCCCUUACUGCUCUCCAGCAUGCUUUACCCAGGGAUGCUUCUCAACCCAGGCCUUAAUUUACCUGUGGCCAAUCAGCCACAAGCUACCAGUCCUCAGCUCGCCCCUCCAGCUCAGCCCGCCCCCUCUGACGCCGCACAGAAAAGCUCAGGCCAAUCCGAGAAGGACGCGGAGGACGACGGCGAGGAGCCUGACGAACAGAAGGACAUCAGUGGUCCCGAGGGCUCGGGGAAGGCGGAGUCAUCUUCCUCAGACGCAGACAGCUCCUCAUCAUCUUCGUCAGAUGACUCUGAUUCCAGCGACGAAGACUGAGCCUUUAUAUAUAUUAUAUAAAUAAAUAUAAAUACAUAUAUAUUUAUAUUACAUCUCUUAGAAAUGUACACAUGCAAACACGUAUAUAAGAGCACUUACAUAAUGAUUUAAGGUUGUUUUUUUUUUUGUUUUUUUUCCCGUGUAAAUAUGAGAACGAAAGUGUUGUGUAAUAAAGAUCGGGGGGACAAAAUGAGGAAGAAAAGAAAAAAAAAAAAACGACGAGACUCCACGGAUGCUGAAAUGAGAUUUCAGUGUUUGUUUAGGUACAGCGUUGUUUUUGGAAAAAAAAAAAAAAAAAAAACAUUUUGCAUGUCCAGGAACUUUAGUACAUUUUUUUUUUUUUUUUUUUGUGAACUUUUCUUGUGUAUUGCACAGUGAUGUACAAUUGCAGAAGACAAGAAAUCAACAAGAAAAUAAUUGGCAUUACUGUAUUAAUUAUAUUGGGAUUUAAUUUUAUUAAAAAGAAAAGAAAACGAGGACGUUAUUGCUCAUGCCGAGCUGUAUAAUUAAUAUAUUUUGUGUGGAAGAAACAGAACUUGACUAUUUUGGUUUUCUUUGGUAAAUAAUUUUGCAGGAUCAUACGACAUCUGAAUUUCAGACAGUCUAGUACUUAUAACUUCAGCAAUAACACAGGCAGCUAACGAAUGUCACUGAAGCUGUAGAUACCGCCGUCACCGUGCUUCACUCUCCAUUCUUCCUCCAUUCUUCCUGCUGCUUUCUACAUUCUUCUUUUUCUUUUUUUUUUUUUUUUAACGUUUCAACCUUUCACCAGUAGAUUUUCUGUCUUGUAACAUAUUAUAAAUAUUCUUUAUUGUU